CAGCAGCAGCAGCACCACCCGUCCCAGCAUCUGGAGCCGUAAGAAUGAACUGCAAAGAGGGAAAUGACAGCAGCUGUGGCUGCAGUGGCAAUGAGGAGAAGAAGAUGUUGAAGUGCGUGGUGGUCGGGGACGGCGCCGUGGGGAAAACCUGCUUGCUGAUGAGCUACGCCAAUGAUGCCUUCCCAGAGGAGUACGUGCCCACCGUGUUUGACCACUAUGCAGUUACUGUGACAGUGGGCGGCAAGCAGCACUUGCUCGGACUGUAUGACACGGCGGGACAGGAGGACUACAACCAGCUGAGGCCACUCUCCUACCCCAACACAGAUGUGUUUUUGAUCUGCUUCUCCGUUGUAAAUCCAGCCUCUUACCACAACGUACAGGAGGAAUGGGUCCCAGAGCUGAAGGACUGCAUGCCACAUGUGCCUUACGUCCUCAUAGGGACCCAGAUUGAUCUCCGUGAUGACCCCAAAACCUUGGCCCGUUUGCUGUAUAUGAAAGAGAAACCUCUCACUUACGAGCAUGGUGUGAAACUUGCAAAAGCGAUUGGAGCACAGUGCUACUUGGAAUGCUCGGCCCUGACACAAAAAGGUCUCAAGGCAGUCUUUGAUGAAGCAAUCCUCACCAUUUUUCACCCCAAGAAAAAGAAGAGGCACUGCUCUGAGUGUCACAACUGCUGUUCAAUUAUCUGAGGUUGCUUGACACCCGCUUCCAUCCCAUCUACUGGUGACAACAGCAACCGAUCUCUGCCACCAAUCUCUAGCCAAAAAAGAGGGCAUGACCAGAAAGGAGCUCCCUUCAUGCAGAGGCUCACACCUCCACCCCGUGAGCCCUCCCAAGCCCAGCAUAUGAUUCGACUGCCACGUCCCCCUGCCAGCCAGAAGCAUCCACGUUGCACCUCUAAGAGCAUGCUGGGCCUGGGUUUCAGACCAUGCCGCUGCUGCAUGUGUUGGAAACAAAGGCGAAGGCCACCCUGCACUUCACACCCACUCCGUGAACCUGAGGCUGAAAAGUCAUCACAGAAACCCAAAACCUGGAACCUCAAUUCCUGGAUGAGUGGUCUUACCUGAUGUCUUUUACAAAACCUGGGAAUACAAUACCCACCAUUUUGUUUUCCUGAAUCUGCUGUUCUAACCAUGUAUAUUCAUUUGUAUGUUUUCAAGACAUUUUCUAAUCUUCAGUUCACUCAAGCCUUACAAAUCUAUGCCAAACUAGCCUAAGGGCAAGGUAUUUUAUGUUCGUUUCUCUUUUCAGCAUGUUUCUACCAAAGCUAUUAGAAUCAACAUAUACCUCUGAAUUCCUGAUUACAGAAAACAUUUGAACUUUUGGAAAUUUA